AUGAAGUCCCUCCCAAGAAGAAGCGAGAUCGUUGGUGUGUCAGUUUCUGGAGGAAAAGAUGUGAAAACUGCAAUUGAUGGUAAGCUAUUAAAACGCGCUGAGGACGAGACGUUGACAGAUCACUAUGAAAGAGGUUAUCAAGUGAAACAAAAGCCGGAUGCACUUGUGCACUCUACUUUGGAACUGUAUGAAGAUGUGGAUUUCGAAUUCCCUGUACAUUUCAACGAAGAAGAGCAUACGGUGUAUGUGCGGUGCCGUCCUCACCUGCACCAGUUUAUGGAGAGAGUGUCCCGUGUUUUGGAGAUCAUUAUAUUUACAGCCAGCCAGAGUAUCUACGCCGAGCAGCUUCUGAAUGUGCUUGACCCUAAGAGGAAGCUCUUUCGCCAUAGAGUGUACCGUGACUCGUGUGUUUUCUUUGACGGUAACUACCUCAAGGAUUUGUCUGUCCUUGGGCGUGACUUUAUCUCGUGUUAUCAUCGUCGACAACUCCCCACAGGUAUUGUGAAGAAUCCUCUAAGCUCUAUGCCAAGGCUGUUACAUAGUCUCAUUAGUACAUAA